GGUCUCUGGCGCUGGGUCGGAGCCCGCCCGCAGCAAGGAUGACAGGCCGCCGGGGCGUCUUACUGCCAAGGCGGUUCCAUGGUGUAAUGGUUAGCACUCUGGACUCUGAAUCCAGCGAUCCGAGUUCAAAUCUCGGUGGAACCUGUUCCUUUUCGCCCUCCCCCGAGCUACAGCGAGGCAAGGUUCCUCUCCAUCUUACACAGCCUUUCCCGUAUUACCAAGCACGGCACUCUGUACAACAGUCAACUGAAGGAAAUGCUCUCCAGUUGUGGGAGUCUCCAGUGAGAUGUCGGUGAUCUGGCAGAACUGUCACAUCAACAAGGACAGUGAAGAAUUUUGAAGAAUUUUCACCAGAGCACUGCACAGUCUGAGGACAUUGCUGCAGAAUGUUCAUCCAGUUUGAAGCAAACUACAAGAGGCUUUGGAUAUAGAUGUCUUGUUUAUCCCAUUGGCCCAGAUCCUCAGAGAUAUAACUUUCUGUGAUGGAAGAUGGAAGACAAAGGCGCUCGUGUUGCUGACUACUUUGUUGUAGCAGGAUUGACAGAUAUUUCAAAACCACUAGAAGAAGAAAUCCACUUCAAUGAUGCUUGCCAUAAAAUAGCUAAACCAAAAGAACCCAUCACUGAUGUGACAGUAAUUAUUAAAUCUCUGGGGGAGGAAGUGCCUCAGGGAUAUAAAUGCAUAGAUGUUACUCCAUCAGGACUAUCAGCAGAUCUCAAUAAUGGGAGUCUUGUGGGUCCACAGAUAUUCCUUUGCUACAGGAGAGGAAGGGACAAGCCUCCACUUACUGAUCUGGGGGUUUUAUAUGAUGGGAAAGAGAGAUUAAUACAGGGCUGUGAAAUCAUUCAAGCCACUCCAUCGGGUCGUCCUGCAAACAUUAGUGGCAGUGCCUCAUCACAAAGAGUAUACAUCACUUACCGAAGAGCCUCCGAAAAUAUGACCCAAAACACCUUGGCUGUCACAGAUAUAUGUAUAAUUAUACCGAGUAAGGGAGAGAGCCCUCCACAUACAUUCUGCAAGGUUGACAAGAAUCUUAAUAACAGUAUGUGGGGCUCAGCAGUAUACCUAUGUUACAAAAAGUCUGUGGCAAAAACCAAUACCAUAUCAUAUAAAGCUGGUUUAAUAUGCAGAUAUCCUGAAGAAGACUACGAGUCAUUCCCAUUACCAGAAUCAGUGCCUCUUUUUUGUCUACCCAUGGGUGCAUCUAUUGAGUGUUGGCCAUCUAACAGUAAAUACCCCCUUCCAGUUUUUUCUACAUUUGUACUAACUGGAGCUUCGGCUGAAAAGGUAUAUGGUGCUGCUAUUCAAUUCUAUGAACCAUAUCCUGAGGAGAAUCUCACAGAAAAACAGAAAUCUCAGUUAGGGUUAGCAACUACUGGAGAUGGAAAGUCAGAUAACUCCAAAACAGUUCAGACUAACAAAUGCAUUUGUCUGCUCUCUCACUGGCCUUUUUUUGAUGCUUUCAAGAAGUUUCUUACCUUUCUUUAUCGUUAUUCCAUCUCUGGUCCUCAUGUCCUCCCUAUUGAGAAACAUAUUUCACAUUUUAUGCACAAAGUUCCUUUUCCAUCCCCUCAGAGACCAAGAAUUUUAGUUCAGCUAUCACCACAUGAUAACCUGAUUCUUAGUCAGCCAGUGUCAUCACCUCUACCACUGAGUGGUGGCAAGUUUUCUACACUGCUUCAGAACCUAGGGCCCGAGAAUGCAGUAACUCUACUUGUAUUUGCUGUAACAGAACAUAAAAUUCUCAUCCAUUCCUUACGACCGUCUGUCCUUACUAGUGUGACAGAGGCAUUAGUCUCGAUGAUAUUUCCUUUCCAUUGGCCAUGCCCAUACAUUCCUCUUUGCCCCUUGGCACUGGCAGCUGUGUUAAGCGCACCAUGUCCAUUCAUAGUAGGAAUUGAUUCAAGAUACUUUGAUCUGUAUGAUCCCCCACCAGAUGUUAGCUGUGUUGACCUAGAUACCAACACCAUUUCUCAAACUGGAGAUAAGAAAACUAUUUCAUGGAAGACCUUACCAAAGAAACCUUGCAAAAAUCUAAUGAACACUUUAAAUAACUUGUAUCAACAACUGGCAGAAUUGCAGCAAAGACCAAGAGAAGAUGCAUUAAUGGAAUUAACAAUGAAUGACUAUGAUUUUAAUUCGGGGAAGAAGUUGCAUUUGUUAGAUAUGGAGAUCCAGGAGGCAUUUCUUUGUUUCAUGGCUUCGUUAUUAAAAGGUUAUAGGUCGUACCUAAGGCCAAUAACACAGGCGCCUUCUGAGACAGCAACAGAUGCAAGUUCCCUCUUUGAACUACAAGGGUUCUUAAAAAGUCGAGAUCGAUCACAUCAAAAAUUCUACACAUCAAUGACCAAAACUCAAAUGUUUAUUCGCUUCAUUGAAGAAUGUUCCUUUGUUAGUGAUAAGGAUGCAAGCCUUGCAUUUUUUGACGAUUGUGUAAAUAAAGUAGAUAUGGACAAGAAUGGUGAAACACGGCUUAUAGAGCUGGAUGAGUCCUACAAGAGUGAACACACAGUUUUCAUAACACCACCUGAGAUCCCUCACCUACCUAAUGGCGAAGAGCACCCUUUGCAGUACAGCUAUAAUGGAUUUCCUGUGCUGAAACUAGAUUUGUUUGACCAACCUGAGGGAUUCCUGACUACACCAAAUAAUAAACUGUCUUCAAAAGCCAGUAGUCCCAACAGCCCAUCCCCAAUGUUCAGGAGAACAAAACAGGAAAUAAAGUCAGCCCAUAAGAUAGCUAAGAGGUACUCCUCCAUUCCUCAGAUGUGGUCCAGAUGUUUGCUGCGUCACUGCUAUGGCCUAUGGUUCAUCUGCCUUCCUGCGUAUGUGAAAGUGUGCCAUUCAAAAGUCAGGGCUCUGAGAACUGCAUAUGACGUGCUGCGAAAAAUGCAUACCAAAAAGAUAGAUCCCCCUGAUGAGGUAUGUUACCGGGUGCUUAUGCAACUGUGUGGGCAAUAUGGCCAGCCUGUGCUUGCAGUGAGAGUCCUUUUUGAAAUGAAAAAAGCCGGUAUUGACCCUAAUGCCAUUACAUAUGGUUACUAUAAUAAGGCUGUUUUGGAAAGCACCUGGCCUUCAAGUAGUAGAAGUGGCUAUUUCCUAUGGACGAAGAUCAGAAAUGUUGUAUUAGGAAUAGUGCAGUUUAAAAAAGCUUUAAAAAAACUACCUGCCAACACACCACAAGCAGCUCUUUCCGGGGGACUUUCAGAUCUUGGCAGUAACUUGUUAUCUAAAGAAGAAUUUGGGCAAGGGGAAGCAUCUGUUCAAGAUAUAAAAAAACAAAAAGAGGACAAGAGAGAGAGUGAUUCCAGUUCUUUGUCUGAAACAGAGAGUGCAAAAGGAAGUGGUGACUGUCUUCCCAAGCUAAAUUAUCAAAAUUCAAGUAGUACUUCAAUUCAAGUAGCAAAAGCCACUUCUAACAUAGUACGACUCAAUGGUACCAUUGAUAAUGCUGACAGUACAGCUGGGGAAGUCAGCACUGAAAGCCCAGCAGGGCUGCUUUUCACAUCCGCUUUUGAGGAUACCAAUGAAGCAGGAGUUCUGCAAAGUAAAACCUUAAGAAAGAGACAUAAAAGUGCUGUGGAACCUGACCUAAAACAGAUGGCAUGGGGAAGCAGGAACCGUAAUCUGAGUGGAGAUGCCCUGAUGGGGCUCAUGAUAAAUAGAAUUAACCAGAAUGCAAGCCCUGGAGACAUUGUGGAAAAAUUAGGAGCUGAUGCAAAAAUACUGUCUAAUGUAUUCCAGAAGAGCAUAAGGCCGAAUAGUCUUGACAUCAGGAAGUCAUCUUUAGGGUCUAAGAGAGCGAGUAUGGAGAAGGAAUCUAGUGAUGAAGAUGCACCUUUCUAUGGCAGUUUUGUAGAUAAAACAGAGUCUCCUGUUAUCUUUGAUUUAGAAGACUUAGAUGCUGAACCUGACACAGCUAAAACAGUAAAGUCGUCUAAUGAAAAGCCUAAGAUGUUACAGCGUAAUAGCAGCUUUCUAAUAAAACCAGUUGAAAAAACAGAUGUGGAAACUGGAUUUGAUCCCCUCUCGCUGCUGGUUGCUGAGACAGAACAACGGAAAGAAGAUGAUGAAGACGAUGAUGACAAAAGUGUUUCAACGCCAUCUGCAAGGCGAGAUUUAGCUGAAGAAAUAGUGAUGUACAUGAACAACAUGAGCAGCCCUUUGACAAGCCGUGCACCAAGCAUUGACUUGCAAAAAACAUACGAUGACAGAAAUGUCAGUAAAAAGAGUCCAACAGUCACCCAGCCAUGCAGAAGAUCCAGCCUUCCCCCAUAUUCCCCCAGGCCAGUGAGUCUUAUCAAAUCCAAAAGUUAUCACAUAAAAAAUGAAGAAAGGCCAAGGGACAGGCUUUGGUCCUCUCCAUCUUACAGUCCAGCGAGGGAACAGUCGCAGGACAUGGCUGGUGCAUUAACUCUAGUGUCUCCACCUUCGUUCAACUUAGAUACACUAUUAACACCUACAUUUGAUGUUCUGAAAAGCAGCAUGUUUUCUGCUGGGAAAGGCGUUGCAGAGAAGGCUAGCAAGUGGUAUUCAAAGUUUACUAUGUAUGCUGCAUCCUCAAAGGAUCAAAAUUCAGACCGAGCAAGUGUUUCAUCUCUUGGAAUUCUGGAUUCAGAAUCUACCUCUCUAACUGAUGAAGAUGUCUGCAAUGACUUUGAAGGUACUUCUUCUCCUCAAGAGAACAAUGACACCUCGGUAAUUAAGGGAAUUGGUCUAAGUAGGACAAGCCUAGAAAGUUCAGCUUCUCAUGAUGGCUCAUCCAAGCAAUUCUAUCACUGUGGUUCCCUUUCAAAGUUCCCCUUGCCUGACAAAUCAGAGUUGAUGUCUUCUUGCAGCACAAGUAGCACCAGUGUGUUUCAGAACUAUGCUAUGGAGGUACUCAUCUCAAGCUGUUCGCGAUGUCGAACUUGUGACUGUCUGGUUCAUGAUGAAGAAAUCAUGGCAGGAUGGACUGCAGAUGAUUCAAAUCUCAAUACCACAUGUCCCUUCUGUGGCAACCUAUUCCUGCCCUUUUUGAAUAUUGAAAUCCGAGAUCUGCGGCGACCUGGGCGGUACUUUCUGAAGUCCAGUCCAUCUACAGAGAAUAUGCAGCUUCCCUCACCUUUUUCAAAUCAGACAGGAAAGUCCUGUAUCUCUACUCCCACAUCAUGUCUUGCUACAUCUGUAAUGCCUGUUCAAGAUGAUUUUAUUUCAAAAUGCAAAUCUAAACAGCAGGACAACUCUUGUGCCAGAAGUAUCCAAAUCCCUUCAGGAAGAAGACAAAAUAUUGCUGGGUCAGAGUGUCCCAGUCACGCUGUAGCAAGAAGUGUCAGUACUUACGGACCACUGGAAGAGGAUGAGAAGGGAAGCCGGAAGCUCAGCCAUAUUGUUCCCACUGGCAGCCUGCCCACCACUUUGCAAGGAACAACGGAUUCUUUGGGACUAGAAUGGCGUUUAUGUAGUCCUGACCCAAUCACUGUCCCUUACCUAAGUCCUCUAGUGGUAUGGAAAGAGCUUGAAAGCUUGCUUGAAAAUGAAGGGGAUCGUGUGAUAACAGUGGCAGAUUUUGUAGACCAUCAUCCUAUCGUGUUUUGGAAUUUGGUGUGGUAUUUCAGGCGUCUGGACUUGCCCAGUAACUUACCAGGACUAAUACUUUCUUCUGAGCACUGUAAUAAAAACUCAAAGAUUCCACGAAACUGUAUGUCAGAGGACAGUAAAUAUGUUCUCAUUCAGAUGCUAUGGGACAAUAUGAAGUUGCAUCAGGAUCCAGGACAGCCUCUCUAUAUUCUGUGGAAUGCACAGAGUCAAAAUCGUACUCUUUUGUUUGAGACCCAAAAGUAUCCAGUGGUCCAUUUAUUGCAAAAAGAUGAUGACUCCUUUAACCAGGAGCUCUUGAGAAGCAUGGUGAAAAGUAUUAAGAUGAACGAUGUCUAUGGACCAAUGAGUCAAAUCUUAGAGCGACUGAACAAAUGGCCACAGAUUAAAAGACAGAGGAGCCUCUAUAGAGAAAUAUUAUUUCUUUCCCUUGUUGCUCUAGGGAGAGAGAACAUUGAUAUAGAUGCUUUUGACAGAGAGUACAAAAUGGCCUAUGAUCGUCUCACAGCUAAUCAGGUCAAGAGUACUCACAACUGCGAUAGACCGCCAAGUACUGGAGUGAUGGAAUGCCGAAAGAUUUUUGGAGAACCAUAUCUUUAA